GAGGUAUGUCAGCCACCUUGUGUCAAUGGAGUGUGCAACGUCAACACUGGAUACUGUGAUUGCUCUCCUGGAUAUACUAGUGCCUCAUGCAGUGAAGAUAUAUUGGAGUGCAAAGACGAAAAUGGAGGCUGUGACCAGAUCUGCACUGACUUUCCUGGUGGCUACAGCUGUUCAUGCAAAGCAGGGUUUACUCAACUUACCUCAGAUGGAAGCUCUUGUAGUGAUAUUGAUGAGUGUGGAGAAGGGAGCCAUGACUGCAGUCAGAUCUGUGUCAACACUCCUGGAUCAUACUACUGCAACUGUCACCGUGGAUCUCAGCUAGUCAAUGACACCCACUGUGAAGGU